AUGGCUUCACAUUCCCGGAGCAGCUCGCAUUUCCCUCCAUUGAGCAGCAAUGUAAUCUCUCCAUCUUCCAACCUCUCACCUCUAGCGGACCUUGUGAUGCGCUACAACCAACAACCUCCACAACCCGAGACUUUAACCACAACUCGGCUACCAGCACAACCCGUGUCCUCAACCACAACCCAAGCAUCAGCGCAACCUGUAACCACAACUCGGCUACCAGCACCACCCGAGACCUCAACCAUAACCAGAGCACCAGCACAACCUAUGACCUUAACUACAACUCGGCUACCAGCACCACCCGAGACCUCAACCACAACCAGAGUACCAGCACAACCCGAGACCUCAACCAGCUCCCAAAGAGCAAUCAACCGCCGUCCAACCAGCACCAGUCUGGCAGGUGGGGCCGUCAGUCACAGCGGCUCCUCUGAUGCCCUCCUGGACCUGACGGAUGAGAACCUGACUCUCCAGCUGCUGUCUCCUGCUGCAG